AUGACUUGCAAGUAUUUUUGUUUUCCAGGAAUAAUGGCCAGCGGAUCAAAAUAUAAGGAGCCUGGAAUCUCACAUUAUAGAACAGACACACGACAAUUAAUACAAUUAAUGAUGCAAGAAUCUCGUCUAACAGAUUUUCAACAAAGACAGAUCAAUAAUAAGCUAAAAAAUGGAGGGGCUCUUCCAAUAACCUUUUAUCCCAGUCCGCUUGAGCCAAAUGCUCCUUCUGAGACCAGAGUUACAAGAGUGAGGACACUGGUUGGACACCAGCAGAAACGCAGUGCAGAAAGAUGUCGUGCUGGAGAUAAUUACAGACGAGAGCAAUUUCAGCCUAGUGCAGCACGGGAUCUAGAGAAAGAAAAGAGACAGCUACAAAAUCUUCUUUCUACUGGUCAAAAGGAUGCUGGGCCAACUCACUCCCAAAGAGAAUCAACAGAGAGAAGAGAGCAACCGGUAGACAGGUUCCAAGAAGUUCUGGAUGAGAUUGAGGACAGGAGGCAGUUUUUAGAGGAGAUGAUGUCUUUGGGAAAAGGUCACCAGUACCAGCAGCUCAUCAACACUGAGAUUUCACAGAAAAUCAGUGAGCUUGAAGAGAUCGACAAGAAACGCAGUGAAGAACUAAGGACCCCAAAGCUAACUGGAAAAGAGGAACAACAAAGUAAAGAGACGGAUGGAGAAUUUAGUGAAAAUAUAAGCUAGUGCUAUAAUUUCCGUUAGUAUGAGCAUUAAAAAAAAUGACAAAACUCUGGAAGGUUUUUUAAUUGUUUUAUUUUUGAUGUCCUCCAUUCUAUAAGCACAGACUAUUAAAAGCACAAUACUGAAAACUGAUAAAUACAAUUAAACACCCAAAUACUUGCAGAUGACAAACUAAAAUGAAAGCAGAAUAUUUAUAGACACUUAAUAGUCACUGUGAGGACAUAUGCAUAAAUUAAACACUAAAGGCACUGCUUCAGAAAUACAAUCCUGAUAGAGUUAACAGAGAUUAAGGCUCAACACACAACAUCAAACAUUCUACAGUAAAA